UACAUAUGGUGUGUGAGAGUGAGCAAGCUCUCUGUAAAUGUUUGGAAAGAGCAUCUGUCAGACAAUAAAACUUACAAGAAAACAUGCUUCUCAUUUAAAAGUGUAUUCACUAGAACCGAUCCAGCAUUGGAAUCAGUUCAUUUGUGUAGCUUGGAGGCAUUAAUAAAAGCAGAGAACUGUAAAGGCAGCAGAAAACUCAAAUUGUUACUAAGAAUCCAAGGUAUUUUUUAAAGGAUUUUGUCUAUUCGGCAUCAAGGUCUUCUGACAGGAACUUAAACCAGUUGACAGACAGGAAACCUCUGAUAGACCGUCCAAAAAGAUUGCAAAUGAGAAGAUGGCAUUCUUUAUGCAAACCUGGAAAGUCUAAUGAUUACAAUAAUUGUUGGACCAAAGGGACCCUCUUCAGGCAUAAAUAGCAAGACUCCUACUGUCUUCUCUUGCAGACCAACUCAGCUGCCAGCAAAAGCAGGUGCUCUCCUCCUACCAGUGCUCCAGAGGAAAUAUUUAAAGGGAAUGGAAAACCUGAUGUUUGUCUACCACUCCUGUAAAGUUAUCUGGACAUUACUUGUAACAAUACUAGGUUAUGCCAGCAGCUUGCCUGUCGGUGAUGAUUCUAUUUGUGCAGCAGAGGAUCUUGCUAAGUACAGCAUAAUCUUCACAGGGAAAUGGAGUCAGACUGCUUUCCCUAAGCAAUAUCCACUUUACAGGCCCCCAGCACAGUGGUCAUCACUUUUAGGUGUUACUCAUAGUUCUGACUACAGCAUGUGGAAAAAAAAUGAAUAUGCCAGCAAUGGUGUACGUGAUUUUGCUGAAAAGGGUGAAGCAUGGGUAUUAAUGAAAGAAAUAGAAGAAGCUGGAGAGAAAAUUCAAAGUGUACAUGGAAUCUUCUCUGCUCCUGCCAUUUCCAGUGGUACAGGACAAACCUCCACUGAAUUAGAAGUGCAUCCAAGACACCCCUUAGUUUCAUUUGUUGUACGAAUUGUUCCAAGCCCAGACUGGUUUGUAGGCAUUGACAGCCUGAAUCUCUGUGAAGGAGACCACUGGGUGGAAGAAGUAUCUGUAGAUCUAUUUCCAUAUGAUGCUGGAACUGAUAGUGGUUUCACAUUUUCCUCCCCAAACUUUGCCACUAUUCCACAGGACACAGUUACAGAGAUUACUUGUUCCUCUCCAAGUCAUCCAGCAAACUCAUUUUAUUACCCCAAACUCAAAAUUUUGCCACCUAUUGCUCAAGUAACGAUGGUGAAAUUAAGGAAAAGCCAGCUGGGUCUUCCUGCACCUUAUCUUAAUGUUCAAGCUAAAAGCAAUGAAAUAAUAGACACUGUCUCAGAAACACCACUGGACUGUGAGGUUUCACAAUGGUCUUCCUGGGGUCUCUGUAGAGGUGUAUGCAGAAAAACAGGGACCAAGAUCAGAACUCGUUUUGUACUUCUUCAGCCUGCCAAUAAUGGAAUGCCUUGUCCAAAUCUGGAUGAAGAAACAGGAUGUGAACCAGAGAAUUGUGUCUGAAGUAAAGAAAU